CUGUGGUUUGGAUUGACACAGAGGAAGUGAAGCAUUCAUCCCUGGGAAUGACCACAAGGCGUGGGCUAAACAAGUCGUGUUUGUAGCUGUUUCACCGCUUUUCAUUAACAGUCCGUAAACAGCUUUCAUUGAGCUAAAGAUGGACAGAUUUUAGCGAGUCCUAUGUGGAGGACAACAGGGCAACAACUGCCCGGCUAAUGUUAACUUCGCUAGCAGACACUCUUCAUGAAUCAAGCCCUGCUAUUAAACAUCACUGAAACACAAUAACACAGAGAGGCACACACCGACUGCAUCAUGAACGAUGAUGUGAUGUUAAACGUACCGGUCAUCCGGCAGCUGUACCACUGGGAUUGUGGCUUGGCCUGUUCGAGAAUGGUACUAGAGUAUUUACAUCCAGUAAGUGAGGAGGAAUUUCAGAGAGCGUGCUUGGACUUGGAGUUUACGGAGAGCGUGUGGACUAUUGACCUGGCUUAUCUCAUGUGUAAGCUGGGGGUCAGACACUGCUUCUACACACAGACGCUCGGUGUGGACAAGGGCUUCAGGAACCAGUCUUUCUACAAAAAGCAUUUUGACACGGAAGAGGACAGGGUGAAUGAACUAUUUCUGAAGGCUGAAAGCAAAGGAGUCCUGGUGAAAAAAUGCUCUGUUACGGUUCAGGAGAUCCAGAGCCACCUGGAGCAGGGUCACGUGGCCAUCGUGCUGGUCAACGCAGUGGUGUUGGUGUGUGAGCUGUGCUCCACCCCUGUCAAAUACUGCUGUUUCCUCCCUGUGGGUCAGAAGUGCUUUUGCAGGAAGCCAGAUUACCAGGGCCACUUUGUGGUGGUGUGUGGAUUUAACCGUAAAACUGGCAGCAUCUUCUACAACAACCCCGCCUACUCGGACCGUGUGUGCUGCACAAGCUUUAGUAAUUUCGAGGAGGCCAGAAGAAGCUACGGAACUGACGAGGAUAUUCUGUUCAUCUACAAAGACGGCUGAGUCUUGACAGCUUCUGAAUGAACAAACAUUCAAAACACCUUUUGCAUCCACUGUGGUUGGCUGGGUAGCAUUUUUGCCAACAGGAACCAGUGCUGCUGGCCAAUAGCAGGUAGUAUGUGUCACCUCUGGCUAUGGUCUUCAUUAGAGCUAUAGCAUCGCACGAAGCAUUACUAUGGUGCUACAUUGGCCACUGAAUGAAAUAUUCACACAGAAAGGAAAGGGAAAUGCUAUAUAUAUAUAUAUAUAUGUAACUCAUCAUUAUUGUGAUGUGGACUUAUAUUUUUAUCUAUAGCUCAUAUAUAAUCUGCCACUGUAAGAGGUGGAGCAGGAGUGUACAUAAUGUUUUUCCAUUCAUGUAAAGAUAGAGACUUUGUGUUUGUUCAGGGUAACCUUGCAAAAUCAUGGGGUUGUGUUGAUUUUUCAUUUUAUUAUUUUUCUCUUGGAAGCCACUUAAUUAACACAAUGAAAGGUUUUAAUUAUUGUAAAAGAGAAAAGCUGUUUUUAAAAACUCAGGUAAGCUUUGAUAAAUCCAGCAUGUUAAAUUAUAUCCCACUGUCGGGAAAAA